AUGUCAGGAGAUUUAAUCUUGUGUCGUUUCGGUAUUGAUGGAAUCGAGACAUUAAAUAAAAAGAGAAAAUACGAUGUGGCAAGAAUAAAGAAGGAGAAAAAGAAAAGGAAAAGAGAGGAAGUUGUUUCUUUGCACAAGUAA